UUAGACGAAUAAAAAAAUAUUUGAUUAUCAUUUCGACUAACCCACGAGGACGAGAUCCUCUAGGCAUCGUAUAGCGAGGACGUUCGUACGUGACAGUCUGGAAAUCAUCAUGCUCUCGCAUUCGGUGGAUAAUUCGGUGAAUUAUGUUGCGGCACUGAAAGGCGAUCCUGUCAUUCGAAACGUCAGACGGAGUCCGCACUGGCGUGCGACGUAAUUUUUCUUAUCGUCGACGAGAAAGCUGUCCCACGCGGACAUUACAAGCGAGCAUGUGGGUGUUUGGUUAUGGCUCUCUGAUAUGGAAAGCGGACUUUCCUUACGAGAAGAAACUCGUCGGUCACAUCAGGGGAUAUAUUAGGCGCUUUUACCAGAAAAGCACCGACCACAGAGGGGUGCCUAACAGACCGGGACGUGUAGUGACAUUGCUCGCUUCUACUGAUGCCAAUGACAAGGUAUGGGGAGUUGCAUACAAGAUAUCCACGGAGAACAUAGACAAUGUGGUCAAUCAUUUGGAUUUUCGAGAGAAAGGUGGUUACAAGAAGAAAACCGUCCUUUUUUAUCCCUGUGAUUUCUCUAAAUCUAUCCAAAGCAGCUCAAACGCCAAUGUCUUUUCGAGUGAUCUCACGAGCAUCUCGACAACAUCUUUGUCAAUCACUUCGAAUGAAGCACCAUUCUACCUCACCAUUUACAUAGGUGAAGAAGAUAAUCCAAAUUUCGCUGGUACAGAGAAUAUAGAUAUCAUUGCGAAUCAUAUACUGGUUUCGCGUGGUAUUAGUGGUUCCAAUACUGAAUAUCUCUACAAACUAGCAUCCGCCAUGCGUACAAUAGCUCCUGGUGUACAAGACGAACAUCUGUUUGCUCUGGAAAGAGCUGUAAAACAACUGGAAAAGGAAAGAGAUAAUGAAUCACAAGAAUUAAAUCAAUUUUCGUAAAAAUUUAUGAUAUAAAAUGGUGUAUUGGAGUGUAGUAAAAAUAUGGUCAAUUGCAUCAACAAUUUUUCCAAACGCAUCUAAUUUAAUUUUCUCUCUAGAGCUUAUAUAAAGAAUUAUAUAACAAAUAUAUUAGUUCUUUUAUCAUAUGAUUAAAGCUUAAUGGUAAUUUUAAUUAAAGUUAAUCAGUCGAGAUUGUUGGUGCAAUUGUCUGAGAAAUAAAAAGAAACGUCAACAUUGUGUGCAUUGUCUAAAGCAAUAAUGUAAUAGGAAAAUUUAUAACAUUUUAAUUAAAAUUGCUAACAUGAGCAUUUUUGAUCAUCAAUGAUGAAGAAUAAAUUAUCUUAUUAACAAAAUAAAUCAUAUUUUCAUACGA